GGGAAGGGAGUUGAGGGAGCGCAGGUAUACAGGAGCUCAGACAGGCAGCAGCCAGCCUGUCGGCAACAUCACACACAUUCCAUCGAUCAUGCAGUGCUCAGGUCAAUGGACUGAUUGUUUUAAUUCAAACAGGCCAUUUCAUUUUUAUUUUUCUAUUUAAAACUUUUUGUUCAUCACGCAGUGUGGACAUGUCACAGCCCAUGCUGUACCGGUCAGCAGAAUGCCUUGAAAUAAAGAAGCAGCACUAAAGCUACUUUAAGGACAUCCGCCGCGCUAAAUGUUGGAAUUAAUGCAAUGAAGAAGAUGGGGGACUUGGAAUCCGGUUUUGAGGAAAUGCAGGGUGUAAAGCUUGGGUAUUUGGUUAUCAAAGGCAAACAGAUGUUUGCCCUUUCUCAAGUCUUCACCGACCUCUUGAAAAAUAUUCCGCGGACUACUGUACACAAACGAAUGGACCAUUUAAACGUGAAGAAGCAUCACUGUGAUUUGGAGGAACUGCGAAAGCUCAAAGCAAUAAAUUCUAUAGCUUUCCACGCAGCUAAAUGCACUCUGAUUUCAAGAGAGGACGUUGAGGCACUGUACUUUUCAUGUAAAACUGAGCGCGUAUUGAAAUCAAACAAAAGAAGGGAAAAGACGAAAAAUGCCUCCGAAAAAAUGUGCGACGGCAAAAAUCACACAUCUGCCAGAAGUGACUUUUGGAGAGAGAAAGUUUGGUUGAGUUUGCAUGGCGUUCCGCAGACUUUUUCAUUCAAAAAUAAAGCUGUUCGACAGGACCCUGUCCCUCGCACUCAUUCAAAUCUACCUCAAAUUUACAGUAAAUCCUUCGCCCGUGACUUUCAACCGGUCACGAAGUCGGCAUCUACACCCUUUAAAAACUAUGAAACAGAUCAAAUACCUGACAACUGUGUGGCUUUUAAUCAGAAACACGCGUUUUUUCGGCACGUUGUGAAUCGGCAACCGCUGAUCUAUCAGUCCGCCAUUGCAGCGCAGGCAAAGCACCAAGGCAACGCAGAUCUACUUUACAAAAGGAAGAGGAAGCGCGAGAGCUGCGUGAGGCAGUUUUGGUCGAGGAGCAAACGCAGCCAUCCGGUUUUGCUCGUCCCAAAGUGUUGUAAACCAAAAGUUCCCAACGGAUCAUUGAGCCAGUUUCAUCACCUCGAGCAUGGAUUAUACGUUGAUCCUCGGCAUACUGGACAUUUUCAGGAAAGCUGCAGCAGCGACACGGAAUCUAGCUCCAUUUCAGAACGGGUGAACAACGAUUCGGAUUUCGGGUCGAGUUUCUCUACCACCAGCAACUCCGGGACUUCAGAUGAGGAGGAGGAGGAUGACUCUCUGUCGGACUCUUCAGAUGUCAGUAGCGAUGAAGAGAGCUCCUCUCAGUCUGAUUCCAGCUCUGUGUCCAGUCAAGUUUCAGUGCAGAGCAUUCGUUUCAGGCGUGCAAGGUUCUCAAGUCUCAACACAAAAGCACCUCUGCUCCUACAGCCAACUUUUCACUACAGGCCUAAUGUGCAGAACAUACCCACUAACCAAGGAGUAACGACUACUUUGGACUGUGAAAGAACUGGCAAAACUCAAAAAUCGGACUUCUCAUCGUCCAGUGAAACACACAGGGAUGGUGAUGCCGCAAACGUGCAGAAGUUUUGCCCGGUGCGGACCUGUUUUCCAGAUUUAAGAGAAAAUGAGGGCUCUGAAGUACAAUCGCGCCUUGAAUUUUCAAAUGAUCCAAAGACAACAGACUCUGUCCUUAACAAAAUUAAAGAUAUUGGGCUUUCACCUCAUGCAAAUGGAAACAAGGCGUUUCCCCAACAAAGAAUACCGGGUUCUGCAAACAAAUGCUCCCGCUUGAUCUCCCACUGUGUUCAGGACAAAGAAAUAACGGUUUGUAAGUCUUCUGACAGCAAUCUUUCAUUAGCCGCAAAUUCCAAGAGAGAAACAAAAACUUCCCUCAAACUGCCUUCACCUCUAAAACCUAUCAAAACAGAGGCCGAGGAGCUCAUCACUACCUCAGGCUUUAACAAUGAGGGCAACAGGGCAGUAAAAACGCCACCAUUUUUACUCAACAACGUGAAGAUUAAAGUCGAGGACACCUUUGACGAAUAUGAAUAUGCAAAUCAGCCCCAGGAAUAUCAAUGUAAGGAUAACGGCGAUGGUCAGUGCAUCAGUAAUCAUUUUAAGGAAACUGACCACUGUAAAGGCGCAGAGAGCUCUGUUCAAAAACACCCUCCCUGUAACGAGGAAUCAAGAAGCACUUUAAACAGUCCUUGUUCCGAGGAAGGGGAAUGCAAAAAUGGUGCAAGGGUCAGAAAAAACUACAGGGCAAUGCUUCUGGGUAAGAAAGCCGAAAGUGUGAGGACACCCGCGAAAUCAGUUGCAAAAGUUGACCGGAGCCCCCGUUCUGCCGGAAAAUUCGCUAGCAAUGAGGGAUCGAAUGAAGACUGUGCGGGCGCGAGCAAACGUAAACGAGCGAACGCCAAUGUAGCAUCUCUGAAAAAGCCCUUCAGAUUCAUGGCGAAUUUUCCCUCUCCGCCGUCCCUUGUUAUUGGCAGCGAUGGAGAUUUGAGUCCCGCUUACUCUUUGAACUCUUUAAGAAGUAACCAACUGCCUCAUCGUUCUCACCCAGUGUGGAGAUGGCAGCUCGGUCAUUCAGUUGUUCCUCCCCCUCCUAGCCACAAAUUCAGGAAAGCCUCUGUUAUCCCUUGAACUGUUGUUUUGAGCUCGGGGGAAAUGUCUUAAAACUGUGACAAGCACUGAUACCGUAUAUACUUGUUUUGUUUUCAUCGUUGUUUUCAAUGCAUACAUUUCUGGCCUGUUGUUAUGUAGCACACACCGUCCUCAUAGAGUAAAGGCUGGUCUAUUCAUCGAGGUUUGGGACUCGGGAAUAUACGGAGGUAUUUAUAAUAAGCUGGGCUAGCGAAAACACGGUUGAUUUCAAAAUAACAUUAUUGACAUUGUGGAGCUGUUUGUGACCUGAUGGACUAAACUCUCAUGGAGCAAAUGUUGGCUCAUUUUGCAGGCAGGGUUAACCAUCUCUCAUAAGGAUGGCGUUAUAGUGAUUGUCAGGUCUGUGUCAACUAAAAUGCUGAUUUUGUUUUUAAAACAUCUGACUUUGUCGGUAUAUUUUGGGCCAAUGUUUUUUUCUUUUGUAUUUUCUCUUUAUGCUUCAUUUACAUACUGUAUUUCUGAAUUACUGUAGGCCGAUGAUCCAUACCCUUCUUAUUUAUUCAUUUUAAGGGUGCUCCCCAAUUGUUGGCGCCUGGUUGUGUUCACUCACACGCAGCACACCAUAACUCUCACUGUAGGCCCAACACAAUGGCCCACUAACUGACAAUCAAGAGCUGUUUGAUUUUGCACGAUGUAAUAGAGGGAAAAACACCAAAUCGAUCUCCUUCUAUAGCACAUUCAUAGCUUAAGGUAUAGAACAGCUAAAGCACAAAUUUACCAUGCAUUGCACUUUGCUAAUGCCCAUUAAGGUGAAUUAGUAAUGUGUUUUUAUUUUUCGAUUUUCUUACGCAAAAGAGCCAUCGCAAGUUAACCCAAAAACCUUUUUAAAAUCUGUAAUUAUUAACGUGGUGCUAUUUCCAAUAUAUUUCGUUUGCUUUUGAGAGGUUUUGUUACUCGUUCUUAUUGAAAUGGUGCCGAUAGAGAGCUAUAGGCAUACAGAUAACUACAAACAACAUCGUUUUACAUACGUGACGAAAUCAAAGAAAAUGACCUCGGUAGUGGAAUAUACACACAUUCUGGUCAGGGUAUACGACUUAGUAAAUGUUUAUUUCUCUUUGACUCAAGUAGCCUUGUCCUUUUCGUAUGGUGUUUUGAUUGUAUUUUACUUCACUAGGCCUGUUUUCCAAGGAUAUGGAUUACCUUGGCACUCGAAAGCGUAACCUUAAAAAAACAUUCAAGUGUUAACUUGGUGUUCACUACUAGAGUACCCUGCCCCAUAUAAAUGCCUUGUGAUGAAUGUACUCUGACGUACCAUAUUUGUUUACUUCAGCAAAAGCAGACUGGCUCCGAAACAGACCUUUAAAAGCAAAUUGUAUCUGUGAUUGGAUCAGCCAAGGAACUAAAUUCAUAAUUUUCUGAUUGUAUUGCCGAGGGGCGAAAAAAAAAUCAACUACAUUCUAAUUUUCCACAAAAGGAAAAAAAAAAAACAAUAAAUAAAUACAAAACAUGUGAGUCAUCACUGAAUAGGCAUAAACUAUGCAGAUUUGGCUAAAGGGAGGCUACUGGGUUCACGUCACUCUGAGAAAACACGUAGGCCUAAUAGACUUUAAGGGUAUUUAACGUAUUAAGUAUGGGCCCAUUACGUGUGUUUUGAUUAACGUGUGCAAGUGGGGAUAGACACUAUGUAGCCUAUUUAGCGAAAUUGCAUCGCUUUCUGAAUGUUCCAAUGCGAUAGUGUGACACUCUGACAGGUGAAUGAUUAAAAUAGCCUAUAGUAAGCCUUGUUCUAUAUUUUUUAUAACGCGACUAUUUAAUGUCUGCUCUCUCGAGCGUAUAAAAGGAACAUUUUGUUCCUUUCUGUGUCAAAGUGCACUGCGGACUGACAGAAUAGCUAUGUCGUCCCAACUUCACAGGAAUUAAUUCAAAACUAGCCAAAUUAAACAGAAUGUAGCGCACACAUCACAGCCCCAUUAAGUUAAAGAAUUUCAUGAUCUCCACAAUGAACAGAAAUGAGAAAAUGACUCACUGUAAACAUGGUAGCUUAGGAUAUCUCAAGGUGGACUUAGUUUUUUUUUUUUUUUUAAUCUUUCUGCUUUUGCUAAAAUACUUGAGGUCAGAUUUUGACAUGAUUUUUUCUUAAAUUGAAGUCACUGGUUGUUUAUAAAAAUGCAUAUUUAUUUUUGUGAUUUUCCUGUUUUUUGUAUACCAUUGUUGUGUAGGAUAAAUGCACUCGAAAUGAAAACUUGAAAACGUGAGGUGGAUUUUGAAGCACUUUCUUUUUUUCUUUUUAUGGUGAAACUGUUCAUUAAAUGCAUCUGAGUGUGAUGUGA